UCCCCUGCUUGUGAGCAGGGCGAAAUAUCUCGUUUGUUAUAAUUAUAUACAUAAUGGAGCUCAACCCUGAAAACUCUGUGAUCAUUAGCAAUGCCCAGAAAGCAAUUAUCCCUCAUGAAGAACCUAAGAAAAUAAAUACUUUUUCUUCCCGCAAGAAGGCAAAGGGGUUCAAGAACUUUUUUAAGGUGGCGCUGUUCAUGAUGCGAUCAGGGCGUUCCAGGAAAUCGAAAAUUAUUAUGGAUCAGGAGUCCAAGAACGUGUGGAGGAACAUCGUUGGGUCCAUGAGACCACUGCACAUGCCAACCGACCAAUCUACACUGCAAGAUAACAGUAAAAACAUUCCUCAAUCUCAAAUAAUGAUCACCUCAACGCCGUUUGCGAAUUGCGUUGAUCCCGGAGAUGAUGCGUUUGAUUCUACUUCGGUGUAUACAUGCUCAUCGUCUCGGUGUAGCAGCCCUUACGCCUCGGCCGUAGGGCUGAACGAAAUGGUGCAGGAGGCGGAGAAUGAAAAAGAUGGAGUGAAGGAGAAUGAUAAUAAUAAUAAUAAUAAUAAUAAUAACAAAGGUGAAGAAGAAGGUGUGAAGGAGAAGAAUAAUAAUGGUGAUAGCAAUGAUGUGGAAGGGGAUGAGAUGAUUGAUGCGAAGGCGGAAGAGUUCAUUGCUCAGUUUUACCUCCAAAUGAGGUUGCAAGACUUAAAUGUUGUUGAUAGUCGUUACCAAGAGAUAAGCAUGAGAUCAUUAGGGUUAUGAGCCACUUCAACCCUAUGCAUGCAUGGAAUAUUCAACCAGAAUUUCCAUCUGGUUUAUGUUUCCAUUUUUUGGUAGAA